AUGGCUUCCGCGGAAGCCGAUUCCCGGCUGAACCAGGUGGUGAUCCCCGCCCUCGAGAAGAUCGUGAAGAACGCAUCGUGGAGGAAGCACUCCAAGCUCGCUCAACAGUGCAAGGCAUUGAUCGAGAAAUUCCCUGGUCCUUCCUCCCAAGAUGCGGCUCCUGCCGACGCCCCUUCGUCCCCGGACGCCCACGCCUCGAUCCCCGGCCCCAUAGAUUGUGGCGGCGGGGAGUACUCGCUGGCGGAUGCAGAGGCCAUACUCGGUCCCCUCAUAUCAGCCUGUGCCUCUGGUUUCCUGAAGAUCGCCGAUCCCGCGCUCGACUGCCUUCAGAGGCUCAUCGCGCAUGGCUACCUACGCGGGGAGGCGGACACUUCUUCCGGCGGCCCCGACGCCAAGAUCCUCGUCCAGCUGAUCGAGGCCAUUUGCAAGUGCCGUGAACUAGGCGAUGACGCCGUCGAGCUCCUCGUGCUGAAGACCCUGCUUUCGGCCGUCACGUCUACCUCCCUUCGCAUCCACGGUGACAGCCUCCUACAGAUUGUACGAACAUGUUAUGAUGUUUACCUGGAGAGCAAGAAUUCUGUCAACCAGACGACCGCCAAAGCCUCUCUGAUCCAGAUGCUUGUCAUUGUGUUCCGUCGGAUGGAGGCGGACUCGUCGACGGUGCCGGUCCAGCCAAUCGUAGUUGCUGAGCUGAUGGAGCCCGGUGACAAAACAGGUGUGGCCGAUCCAAACAUGAUUCAGUUCGUGCAGGGCUUCAUCACCAAGAUUAUAAAUGACAUUGACGUGGUGCUGAAUCCUUCUACACCCUCGGGCAAGUCAGUGAUCGUCCAUGACGGGGCGUUCGAAUCCACUGCGGGCGAAGCUACUAACCCAGCAGAUUUGCUUGAUUCGACGGACAAGGACAUGCUGGAUGCUAGGUACUGGGAAAUCAACAUGUAUAAGACGGCAUUAGAGGGCAGGAAGGGUGAACUUGGAGCUGAUGGUGAGGGAGAUCGGGAGGACGAUUUGGAGAUUCAGAUUAGCAACAAACUUAGAAGGGAUGCGUUUCUAGUUUUCCGGGCGCUGUGCAAACUUUCGAUGAAGACUCCGCCCAAGGAAGCGUCAGCUGAUCCCAAUCUUAUGCGUGGGAAGAUUGUGGCCCUGGAACUUCUCAAGAUUCUGCUUGAAAAUGCUGGAGCUAUAUUCAGGACGAGCGAUAGGUGCGUCCUCCCUUCUCUAUCUAUGUGUUGACAAAUGAUAGACUGUUUGUGAUCAUUUCUCUUCUCUUAUUAUUCCAUGCUCGGAAUCAUAUUUCCAUCUAUUUCUCUCUCAUGAUCAUUUCACUUUGCUGAUUAAUAUAAAGAAAUAUGUCCUUCGUAGUUUUUGAGAUUGAUUUUAUUGAUCUUAAAAAUGAUGCUACGAAGUGCACAGAGCGAAAUCAUUUUUCUUCUGUUGAUGAUCAGAAAGUGGCAAACCUGCAUUUUGCCAAAUUUUGAGUCCCUUCUGAAAAUUGGUAUCAUUGAAAAGGUUGUAACAGGAAAAAUAUUUCCUUGCUCCUCGCCUAAUAUAUUGUAGUCUGCCUGUGUAAUUGUUUUAAGUGCUCUAAGCAAGGAAAGGAAAAAGAGAAGAAAUGAGGCUAAUUAGAAAGAUAUAUUGAAAUAAAAUUUCUUCAGCUGCAGAUAGCGGAGGGAUUCAUUUGAUUGGAGCUGGAAAACGCCAUUUUCUCUUUGACAGAUUGUUCACGAAUAUUUUCAGCCGUAUACUAAGGAGUUCUUCUGAGCAGUGUCGAAAAUUGUUACUUUAUUAAAAUUAAAGAGAAGAUUUGAUGAAUAAAACUCUUGGCUGGGUCCACAGUCCACGUAGUGCAAUAAUUCAAUCUCUGGCACCUAUGUCUUUGUUAGGUUUAUCUGAUAUGCCUCAACGAUAUAUAGCUCUGGGAAACAUGGUAUUAGGUUGUAGCUGUCGAUAAAGGAGUCUCACAGAAGUGUAAGGAACACCAAAGGAUUUCCACUCACCGCUUCUUGCAUCCUUACGUCCAAUAUUUGAUGGAAAGCGUCGUCUUCUUUGUUCUCCUUGAGUUUAGCUUUUUGUUUUGGAUCAAGUUCUCUUUUCUACAUUAUUAGCAUACCUGAAAUGAACUUUUUCAAGCCAUUUAUUUUAUCGUUAACUUCAUUAUUAUUUUUCUUCUGAGAUGCAGCAGAAGACGUUGGUCCUUUCCGUCUGAAUCUCAGAUUCAACUGUCUUGUUCUAAAUUUUCUAUCAGUUUAUGUUCGUUACUGGAAAGGAGAUAAUUGUUGGCUGCCUUUCUCUUUACAUAUCAAAGAAUUCCUUUGUCCAACAUUCCCAGAACCUGCUUUUCUGUAGUUUUGUUAUGUUAUCGUUCUCGUUAACAUGUGAUAUCAAGAUAUAAUGGACUAUAUUAGAAAUAAACAAAGUCGGCUGACUCAGACAAGGGUUCCUCCUUGGAAAGCCUGAAAACUGGAGUAGUCUGAUCCUCCCUUUUCUUCUGUGGGAUGAACGGAAAAUAUGACCAUAAAAACUUUUUAUUUAUUUUAAGAAUCAUUUUAAAAUGGUAAAAUGUAGCAUUGUCUACGUAACAUCAAUGUAUGUGCUGCAUAAGGAUAAACUCAGGGAGAAUUUGUAUGAGCAACUUAGCGGGACGAAUGGAGAUGUUUCUGCAUGAUAUAUGGAAGAGGGAAAUAAAUAUAUAAAAGAUCUACGUCUUCAAGUGUGGUAAUUUUGAAGAUGGAUCAAAGAUAAUGAACUCAGUGGUAUUGAACAUUUUUAAUUGGGAGUACGCCCAGACAGGUCAAUAGUGAACUCAUGGAGGUGAAUAUUUUUAAUGGUAUGUAUACCUGGACUAGGCUUCAAGAAAACUAGUCUAACCCAAAAUGAGCCAGUUCUUGGCUUAAUUAUUAAUAAAAUAAACUUGACGAUUAAAUAGAUAAAAGAGCUUAUGGUUGCAAGCAUAGAGAUGGUGAAAGACAUUUUUGUUGUUUAGGUCUUACAAAUUCUUGAUGACCUCCUUUCUGUCAAACACCUCAACUCCAUGUUUCUUACCCGCAACGUGGAAACAGGUACAGGGGUGGCCUUGUUCUGACUAGGAUUCGUGCAGAAUUAGUGUUAUGAAGUUGUGUGCAAAAAGUUGAUUUAGGUACCAAAAGUAUGAUUAGGGAGGGAUUGAUCAAUGCUUGAGUACUAUGGAUUUCAUGAAAAUAAAUCAUCUGGGCCAUAAAUUGCAUAUCCACUUCAAGUUUUGUGAGAUCUUGGAGCCCAUAAAAGAUGCCUCCUAUUUAUGUCUCUUUAUUUUUGCUAGGACGGAUGGAAUUCGGAGCUUAAUUGCUUGGGUUUAAAAAUCAAACCUCAAAUAAAGUAAAUGGUGCUGUAGGUUUGACACCGUUUAGAUUGUCAGUCUGAUACCAGAACGGAGGGUUGUAUGGAAGACCAAAGCACUCCUAUCUGGAGGAAGGUCCUUUCUUGCGAGGGUGGGUAAAUUCUGCUCGCUAUGUGGUUAUGGUUGCUGCGGGAGGCAGAGAUUCAGACAAAAUAUAUCAAGGCCAUGUACACAAAAAUGGAAACAAAUGGUAUUCGGCCUUAAAUAUCUGGUCGCUUAAGUUAAAGUUACUGUUUGUGAAACGUUCUGAAACAAUUAUUCCUUGUUUGUAAACAAGGGCAUACAUUUGAUGUUUUGGGAAAGUAGAGGUAUGAUAUUUGCCAAGACCUUUCCUAGACAUCACGAUUGAAGGAAAAAAAUCAGGACUAUUUACAUACCAUGGGUUUAGAAGAUCUCUUGCUUGCAGGACAAUGAAGCAUUCGUUUUAUUGUUAGCAGGAGCUGUUAGACAUUAUGUUAAACAUGGAGUUAGAGGACAUUCAGAAAUGGAAACUAGACUUCAAAGGCAUUUGGUUAGCAUCAUUUUGAAGGACUUAAAUGAUGUAGGACAUAGUCAAGUGGAAAAGUUUAGUGCAGAUGAAGGACCUCUUUGUCCAGGUCUUGCUUUUUAGGUAGAAACUGUUCACAAAAGACUGUGAGUUUGUAAUAAACUCAGCAAAAUUCCUCACAAUCUCAGUAUCUGUUGCAUUUUCUACUGUCAGACUGAGAGUUUGAUCAUUAUUUGUGAACUGCACGUUUCUGAUCUAUCUCAAGAUUUAUUUUUAGAUUACGAAGUUCCUACAGAGAAAUGCUGAUGGCAUGCUUAAAAUGCUGAUUUAUAGGGAUAAUAGUUUUUAAACGACUUGCAAAGAGGCUCAUAUUGAUUAUUGGGAUAAUGAAAAGGGCAAAAGGAAUAGACUGGGAUUCUAGUUGCAUUUCUGUCAGCCUCUCCUGUGAAUGUUGCUGCCAUUUCAUAUUCAUCCACACAAAGAUUAUCUCAGCAUUUGGCAUAACUUGUCUUUUCUACAUUGCGUGUUCCAUCAACUUUGUUUUUGUUAUGUUUCACUUUGGUUUUGAUCAUGUAUCUGUGUUUUGUGGUUUUUACAUUUAUGCAGGUUUUGGGUGCCAUCAAGCAGUAUCUUUGUUUAUCACUUCUGAAGAACAGUGCUUCCACUCUUAUAAUUGUUUUCAGCUUUCUUGCUCCAUUUUCAUGAGUCUAGUUUCGAGAUUUAGACCUGGACUCAAAGCUGAGAUUGGGGUGUUCUUCCAAUGAUCGUCCUCAGAGUUUUGGAAAACGUUUCUCAGCCUAAUUUUCAGCAGAAGAUGAUUGUUCUUCGGUUUUGGAUAAAUUAUGCGUUGAUUCACAGAUUUUGGUUGACAUUUUCAUCAACUAUGAUUGUGAUGUCAAUUCAUCCAAUAUUUUCGAGAGGUACUGUUCUCCGAUUCAUUACCUAAUUUCAAUUUCAACUUUUAAAAUAUUUAUGCAGUCAUCUGCAUAUAUGCAUUAUAUAUGUCCUCAUCACAUCACAAUAAAUUUUCUGAUCAACUUUGGAUCAGGAUGGUCACUGGGUUGCUGAAAACAGCUCAAGGUGUGCCACCAGGUGUCACCACUACACUUUUGCCUCCUCAGGAUGCAACCAUGAAACUUGAAGCAAUGAUGUGUUUGGUGGCCAUCUUGAGAUCAAUGGGGAUUGGAUGAAUAAACAGUUACGUAUACCAGAUUCUGACUCUCCUAAAGGUCAGAAGCAACAGAGAACAAUUCUGAGAAUGGAAUUGAUAUUCCCAUUCCUGAUGGCAAAGUGGAGGAGCCAUCUGAAGCAGUCGAUUCUCAUCCUGAACCUGGAAAUGGAACCACCGAAUCUGUUUCUUUUGAGCAACGUCGGGCUUACAAGCUUGAGCUUCAGGUGCUUUGUGUUCCACCUUUUCAUAUAAGCAAAUGAUCACUUGCUGAAGAUGUAUAUCUAGAUAUUACUUUGCUUAUUUACUUUAAUUGAAUCUCGUUUUACAGGAAGGUAUAUCACUCUUUAAUCAGAAACCUAAGAAGGGAAUUGAAUUUCUAAUUAAAUCACGGAAAGUUGGUGAGACACCAGAAGAAAUAGCUGCUUUCCUAAAAGAUGCAUCUGGUUUGAACAAGACCUUAAUUGGUGAUUACCUGGGAGAGAGGGAAGAACUAUCCCUGAAGGUCAUGCAUGCCUAUGUUGAUUCAUUUGAUUUCCAAGGGAAGGAGUUUGAUGAAGCAAUAAGGGCCUUCUUGCAAGACUUCCGUUUGCCUGGGGAAGCGCAGAAGAUUGAUCGCAUUAUGGAGAAAUUUGCUGAACGUUAUUGCAAAUGUAAUCCAAAAGCUUUCCGUAGUGCAGACACAGCAUAUGUCCUUGCGUACUCUGUUAUUUUGCUCAACACUGAUGCCCACAAUCCAAUGGUCAAGAACAAGGUUGGCUCUUUUUCAUUAACUUCCUUUUAAAUUCUAUUGGAUACUACGUAUAAACUUUAUUUGCUGAUGCAGAUGUCUCCAGAUGAUUUUGUAAGGAACAAUCGUGGAAUUGAUGAUGGUAAUGAUCUAACUGAAGAAUAUUUGAGAUCCCUCUUUGAACGGAUUUCAAGGAAUGAAAUCAAGAUGAAAGAAGAUGAUCUAGCUGCUGUACACAAACAAACUACAAAUUCCAACCGAAUCCUGGGAUUGGAUAGCAUCCUAAAUAUUGUAGUACGUAAGAGGAGAAGAUAAAUCAGAAACCAGUGAUGACUAUAUCCGGCAUAUGCAAGAGCAGUUCAAGGAAAAGGCUCGAAAAUCUGAGUAAGCUUGUUUGUCUUGUUUUAGAGCACAUUUGCUAUCCUACACAGGAAUUUGGUUGUGAGAGAACUAAGAUAUCUCAGACGUUGUUGCUAACUUUCUUGUUUUGACGUCUUAAAAUUUGUUAGGAUAGGCUAUCAAAAGGAGGGCUCAGAUCUGCGGGCAUUCUAGCCUAGCUUUAUGUGCUCAAAUUCCAUAAGUAGUAACGUUUUUAAAUUGACCAAAAAUUAGACCAAUGUUAAGGACUGAAUUAUUUGUGGUAUUGAUAACAAUAAUCGAGCAAUGUUAUAGACUGAAAUGACCGAAAUGUUCUUUUAUUUUUAUCGACAUGACAAAAUCAAUUUUGAAAAAAUAAAAGCGUUAUAAUUACUAAUUUUUGUUAAUGAGAAAAAAUUAGACCAGUGUUGGGAACUUAAUUGACUGAAAUAUGUUAAAACUUUUUAAGGGCAUAGAAAAACCGAUAGUGUGAACAAAUUUGUUGAAAGCAUUCUAUAAAUGAUAAUUUUUGAUAUUGUUGGGGGCUGAACUGAAAUAAUUUCAUAUUUUAUCUUGAUUUUAAGGACAUGAAAAAUCACUAUUGUUGGGUGCAAACUGAUCCAAAAUUUUCUUUUAUGGUUUUUGUAUGACAAAGUUUUAGACCUAUGUUUGGGACGAUUGAUGGGAAAAAAUUAAUUUGACUUUUAUGGACAUGAACAUGUGCCAAUGUUAGGCAUAAAUCGGUUGUGCUUUUUCAUGCUCUUAAAAUGGAAUGCAAAUAUUUGAGUCAUUUGACUCUGGUAUUAGUGAUCUCCGAAGUAAACUCAAAGUAUUUUGUGUUUUUUCCUGCUUAAUCUAAUGCGCAUGGCCUUCAUCUUGUUUGACAACUUGUACCCUGAUAAUAAGAGGAUUAUUCUGAAACAGUUUUCAACUGUCGGUCACUGAUUGCCUGCUGAUGUUGAUAAUAACUAUUUUCAAAUAUAACGUUGUUACAUUUGGGUAGAUAAUUAUGCUAUCUCGUCCGUGAGACUAUUUGUAUAUCCUUUCGGUUGUUUUUGUUUCCAAAGUAUGAAUUAAUAAGAGUUAAAUCAGGCUAUUUAGGCCUAUGUCCUUCUCGAAGACUGGUUAUAAAUGGGCUUCCUGAUUAACUCUUUUUCCAACCGGACAGCUGACAGUCUGGAUUUCAGUCCUAUAGAUCAUUCAAAAAUUGUAAAUAUUUGCAAACUUUGACCAUCAUUCAUCGUAAUUAUGUUUUCUUUGGUGAAUUCUAGAUCGGCCUAUUAUGCUGCAACGGAUGUUGUCAUUCUGAGGUUUAUGAUUGAAGUAUGCUGGGCUCCAAUGCUGGCAGCCUUCAGUGUUCCAGUAGAACAGAAUGAUGAUGAAGUGAUAUUAUCCCACUGCCUUGAAGGGUUCCGCAGCGCGAUUCAUGUCACUGCUGUUAUGUCCAUGAAAACUCAUAGGGAUGCUUUCCUCACUUCACUAGCAAAGUUUACAUCCCUCCAUUCAGCUGCAGACAUCAAACAAAAGAAUAUCGAUGCCAUCAAGGUCUGCAUUAAGGACAGUAGGAAUUAUCCUUAAUUAUUUUUUAUCUAAUGAUUGGUUAUUCAUUUCCAUUCUUUGAUAUUGUCCACUUGAUCUUGGUUCCAUGCUUUAAGUUCAUACCUUUUAUUUGCAUCAUGAUCUGCUUCGGAGUUCACGUCAUCAUUCAUACUCAAAGUUAUCCGUAUUAUUUAAGUGUUUUUGGAUUCUGUCAUAUCAUAUCUUUCUGGAAUAUGUGAAUGUCCGUAUAUUUCAUUUGUUAACUGCUGAAAAGUAUCCACAUUUAAUUUAUGAUUCUAGUAUGUCAUUUUUCCUAUAAAUGAUAAUUAUGGAUCGACUGUCAUAUUCACACACAAACAAGUGCAUGCGCCACAUCUGUCUCCUGCCAUUGUCAGUUAGUAAGGAUGAUGCUUAUGACUCCACACUUCCAUUACUUGCAUCAGACGUGCCCAUAGGCUUAACUUGUAGUAUCCCAACAUCUUCGACAGUGCUAUUGCCCUUGAUAUUCUUGACCUGUCUGCUAUCAACUCUUGGCUAGCAGGGUCAUAAAUGGUCACAUGCCCUCUUGCAUCUACAACGAGUCUUCCAUCAACUAUGUUCCUUUUUCCCUAUUGCAUUGGUUCACUGCCCAUAUCUAUGUCAAAAAUGAUGCAAUAACUCUUGUAGUAGCAUAAUGCGUAUGUGCCAUAAGCUUGGAUCAUUGUUUAUUGUAUUAAUAUAUGUUCAGCCUAAAAAUAAAAUAAAUCUAAUAUUUCAGAAUAAGAAAUUAAUAUAUGCUUUAAAUUUUAAUUUUAAAAUAAAUUAAUACCUACUUUACUUAGAUCCUAAAAGCAUUUAAAAAAAGUAUAAAAAGUAGUUCACUGACCCGAUCAUGGCAAGAGACAUCUUUUAACGUCUCUCUGGUGUUGCUGUAUCGUCAGAGAUUUUGCUAAGUGAUGGAAAACAUGUACAAGUCCCCAAGCCAAGUCUGGGUAAAAGCUUUCUUCACUGGAUUGGCUUGGCUACAAAGGCAAUUGACAAAUAGGAGCAAAAUUCAAUUCCCGUUUAGAAAAUGAUCACUGUGAGUUAGUGUGAGCAUGCUCGAAGGCUGUUGUUUCUCUUCGAUUUCUCCUUUGUCACCAACUAAAGCAAAAAAGAAAAUUACUUUCUGAUUGAUAUGUAGCUACAAGAAGUCCUUGGAGCGCAAUGCUCCACGUGGUACCAAACUUGACGUGAGAAACCAAAACUCAUGUCUAUUAUAUCUCACACUUUAGUUUAUGGGGAAGAGCAUAUUCUAAUUCUCAAACAAGUAAAUAUGACUCGUUCUAACUCUUUUAAAUUUGUAAGGUCGACUGGUCUGAUAUACUAACAUUUAUUUUUGAGAUUCUAUGUUAAUGAAUUCUGAUUUCAGAGGUUUAUACUUUGGUCCGCAGGCCAUUGUUGCUAUUGCAGAUGAAGAGGGUAAUUAUUUGCAAGAUGCUUGGGAACAUAUUUUGACAUGUGUUUCACGGUUUGAACAUCUAUAUCUCCUAGGAGAGGGUGCUCCUCCUGAUGCCACCUUUUGGGCUACCUCAGACUGACAUGGAUAAAGCUAAACAGGGAAAUCGUCAAUCCUUCCCGUUCUUAAAAAAGGGACCUGGUCGGAUUCAAUAUGCAGCUGCAGCUGUCCGAAGGGGUUCAUAUGAUAGUGCCGGUGUUGGUGGCCAUCCUUCUGGGGCAGUCACAACUGAACAGAUGAGCAACUUAGUUUCUAAUUUAAAUAUGUUGGAACAAGUUGGCCAAUCUGAAAUGAAUCGCAUUUUCACAAGAAGUCAGAAGCUGAAUAGUGAGGCUGUAGUUGAUUUUGUCAAGGCUCUAUGUAAGGUUUCUAUGGAAGAAUUGCGAUCAACAUCUGAUCCACGUGUUUUCAGUCUCACAAAGAUUGUUGAAAUCGCGUAAGUGUCAGCCCAAAUAUUCUCGUCUCUUUACAAUCCUGUCCUCUAAUCAUGUUGUCUUUGGUUUCUUUGCACAGACACUAUAAUAUGAAUCGUAUCAGGCUUGUCUGGUCAAGGAUGUGGCAAGUGCUUUCUGAGUUCUUUGUCACCAUAGGCUGUUCAGAGAACCUCUCAAUUGCAAUUUUGCUAUGGAUUCCUUGCGCCAGCUUUCAAUGAAAUUUUUAGAGCGCGAAGAACUGGCAAACUACAAUUUUCAGAAUGAAUUUAUGAAGCCUUUUGUAAUUGUCAUGAGGAAAAGCAGAGCAGUUGAAAUAAGAGAGUUAAUCAUAAGGUGUAUCUCUCAGAUGGUCUUAACACGUGUCAAUAACGUUAAGUCUGGAUGGAAGAGCAUGUUCAUGGUAUUGUUUUUCCCCUUUUGGUGUUGAUGAGGCUUCAAUUGCAGGCCAUUUUUAUCACUCACUUAAUAUGGUUACCCCUUGUGAUUCCUGUCAAUUUCCAGGUUUUCCACGGCAGCUUUUGAUGAACACAAAAACAUUGUGCUUUUGGCCUUUGAAAUCGUUGAGAAGAUUGUACGGGAGUAUUUCCCAUAUAUAACUGAGACAGAGACGACCACCUUCACGGAUUUCGUAAACUGCUUGAUUGCAUUUGCUAACAGCAGGUUCAACAAAGAUAUCAGUCUCAAUGCUAUUGGUUUUCUCCGUGUGUGUGCUACGAAGCUUGCGGAAGGGAGGUUGGAAUGGGCACAAAGAACAAGGAGAGCUCUGGAAAGACAAUGCCGCAAUCUCCCCACAAUGCGAAGAAUGGAAAGCAAGAUGGCCUGCAUUUCAUCGAUAAAGACGACAACCAAUAUUUUUGGUUUCCAUUGUUAGUCGGUACGUCGCAUACCCCACAUUUGAUUCUGUCGACAAUAUAGUUUCCAUGCGAUGAGAUAGUUUCCACUUUUUGUGUUGAUCAUGAAUGCAAGCAUCUGUACCAUCCAUUUUAUCUUUAGGGCUUUCGAGCUUGAGCACCGUGUAAUCUUUUAACCGUCUAACCCUUUCUUUGUCCAGGAUUGUCGGAACUUACAUUUGACCUAAGGCCAGAGAUCCGAAAGAGCGCCUUGCAAGUUCUUUUCGACACCUUACGAAACCAUGGCCACCUUUUCUCGCUUUUAUUGUGGGAAAGGGUGUUUGAUUCGUCCUUUUCCCAAUAUUUGACUAUGUUCGGCAUGCUAUCGAUCCAUCUGGGGAACUUUCCAAGGCCAGGGGCUUGAAUGCGACGCUGAUGAGCUAGAUCAGGAUGCGUGGCUCUAUGAAACCUGCACCCUGGCUCUCCAACUAGUUGUGGAUCUUUUUGUUAAUUUUAUGAUACGGUCGGCCCACUACUGAAGAAGGUGCUUUCCCUACUGACAAGCUUCAUCAAGCGCCCCACCAGAGCCUUGCUGGCAUUGGCAUCGCGGCUUUCGUUCGUUUAAUGAGUAAUGCCGGGGCUCUCUUUUCUGAGGACAAGUGGACGGAAGUGGUUCUAUCAUUGAAAGACGCGACGGCAUCCACCCUUCCUGAUUUUUCACCAAUAGCAUCCGGAAUGUACGAGGUGGAAGUGGGCCCUGGACCAGGCCCCCGUCCAGUGAGGACUCGAACGCCGAAGAUUUGGCAGACAGUGGUCUGGAGGGACGCCGGCUAAGACAUCUACAGUUCACGAUUGCCGACAUCAAGUGCCGUGUUGCUGUUCAGCUCUUGUUGAUUCAGGUAUGAACGUUUAUCCCGUCCUUUGAAAUCCCUGUGGGACUAAGGUUUCUUGCUUCCAUUAUUUUUGGUUUCUUGAGUGAGUAUAUAGGCUCCUCGUGUCUCGGUGAUCCUUGCAAAUCAAAGUUGUGAGUGUUAUAUCAUCAGAUUUUCUGUUGAUGUACUAUCUAGAAGUAGUGUCUUACCCUUCAAUCAACUAUUAUCUUGCUGCUUGCUACUUCUUGCUAUUAGAAGAAAUGUAAGAGAAAUUAGCAAAGCAUCUACCUUAGACCAUUUGGCGUGAGUGAGAACUCCAGGAAAAGUUGUGGUUCCGCUUGGCAGGAUUGAAACGGCUCUGAAGUUUGAGGCGUGAGUGACUUCAGACCAUUUGGCGAAUUCAUGUGAACAUUAAGCACUUUAUACGGAAGAUCAAGCUUUCCCUGGGUCAAUAGUUUACUUGUGAGAUGAACAAACUUUUGAGUGACGCUGAACUUCUGGCAUUACAAUCUUUUGCUUUUUGACUUGGAUUUUCUCAGAGGAAAGUGGUUGUCAGGAUAUGAUAAAAUCAACCUCGAGGAAUUUCUAGAUUGCUGGUUUUGCUUUUUGGCAUGAGCUCAUCUCCAUUUCAACCUCGAACUGGAGUCUCGACUCGAUGUGAUCUGAUGAGAUCUUCUGGGGCCGAAAUUGAGUUUUCAUUCUCUCUGGGUCGAGGAUUUUGGAACCUUACACUUGCUACAUAAUCUAUAUAUAUAUAUAUAUAUAUAUAUCAACAGCCGUAUUACUGUAUCUGUUUUUCUUUUUCUCAAUCACUCAUCUGGUUCCCAUCUUCCUUUGAAAUUCUCAGGCCGGAAUGGAGAUCUACAACAUGUACCGAGAUCAACUAUCGCAGAGAAACACCAUAGUCCUCUUCGAUGCCUUGCACUCCGUGGCCUCGCAUGCCCAUCAAAUAGACAACGACACCGAUCUGAGAUCCAAGCUCCAAGAUCUGGGCUCCAUGACCCAAAUGCAGGACCCCCGCUGCUCCGGCUCGAGAACGAGGCCUACCAGAUCUGCCUCACCUUGCUGCAGAAUCUCAUAUCGGAUCAGAGCUCCACGGAGGAUGCCACUGCGGCUGAGACCCACUUGAUCAACCUCUGCAGGGAGGUCCUGGAGGUUUACCUCGACACCGCCAGGUCUGGGCUGCCCUCCAACGCUGCCGCUGCCGCCGCCGCUGGGGGCAGGCGGUGGCGCUGCCUCAGUGGGCUAUCCCGCUCGGGUCGGCUAAGCGGAGGGAGCUGGCGGCGCGGGCGCCGCUUGUGGUGGCGGCUCUGCAGGCAAUCUGCGGGCUUGGGGACUCCUCAUUUGAGAAGAACCUGGCCAAGUUCUUCCCCUGCUCUCUGGCCUGAUCAGGUGCGAGCACGGCUCAAGUGAAGUCCAAGCGGCUCUGUCCGACAUGCUCAGCUCGUGCGUGGGGCCGGUCCUGCUCAGGUCCUGCUGAAUCAAACUCAACCCGGUUCGGUCGGUGGCUGUGCCAGCGUUGAUCUCUCGAGCAGAUGUGUAUGAUAUUUUCCCUUCUCCGGUUUCAGAUCCCAAUUUUUUCCUUGUACCGUUGUUCAGAUAUGCGUAGAGAUGGUGCCUUUUCCAGUGCCCUUGAACUUGGUGUGUGGUAGGGAGUGGGGGAGAAUACGGAUGUUGUUGUAUCCUGGUUCUUGAUUAUUCUUUCAAAAAUAGGAACUUUUCGCCCCACGUACGGUGUUCGUCUACCCUACCCUUUUAAAUUUAAGUUUAAAUUCCUUGGGAGAAAAUAUACGCUUCACGGCCGAUCCCAUCCCUCUUGAUCUGGCGGCUGAGCCGGGGUCCCCGUUAAAAGCCCCGCACUCGACUCAGGUUACCUCUUAAAAAUACAGCUGCGAGAACCCCAUUUAAUAAACAGAUCACUCUCCGCUGUGAAAACUCGUAGUCGAUAAAUGGCAAUGUACAGGAGGGGCCUUCGUUUGCCGAAAGGAUCUGGUUUCCACUGCGAAGAAAAUUCAACCCAAAAAUUCAACACCAACUAAUUUCUAUUCCAACCCCUGCGGAUCUAAAGAUGAUUAGAUCAUGAGCUCUUGUUGACGUUGGUGAUCUGCUCUUCCACUCUCUCCCUCACACACACACACAUAAGACCGACUAGUUUAUAUCCCAAUCCCUCCAAAUCUGAAGAUGAUUAGAUAAUCAGCUGUUGUUGGUGUCAUUGAUCUGCUCUCUCUCUCAAAGAAAUUAGCAUUUUCGGACGCCUAGCAUACGGAGACUGAGGCAUAGCCUGGCCUGCGAUCACCAACUAGCGAGGCCUGGCCUGGGUCACUGGCACCUCUCCUCAUUACUAUCAUCACCGCACGUCUGCAUGUCUCUGACAAGCAGAGGAAACAGAAACCAAGACGGUAGGCAGGAGAGUCCAAACACCCCCGUAAGACAACAGGUUCACUCUCUCUCUCCCCUGCGCUUUGAUGAGGUCUACAGCUCUCACCGUCACCCUGACCAUACCAGAGCAAAAGGCAGAGUGAUCCUGCUGAGGGUAUACUAGAAGAAGAAGAAGAAGAAGAAGAAGAAGGCCUUAGGCAAGAACUCAGAAGCUUGGGCAGGUCCCGGUCCCCCAAGAAUAACAUCAUGUCAAACCCUAGAACAAAAUACAAAGGAAACCUCCACCCAAGCUGAACAUAAACAAGCGCAAGGUUAA